CGGCGGAGCGGAAAAGGCGGAGUUUUAGCCAAAAUGAGGGAAAAUAAGAACAUGUCCGAGUCCCCCUCUCAAGCGGGAAAAGAAAUACCGGCGAAAAAACAAAAACUAAGCAGUGACGAGAACAGUAACCCCGAUUUAUCAGGAGACGAGAAUGAUGAUGCUGUCAGUGUUGAGAGUGGGACCAAUGCAGAGCGCCCGGACACACCCACCAACACAGCCAACGCCCCGGGCAGAAAGAGCUGGGGCAAGGGCAAGUGGAAGUCCAAGAAGUGCAGAUAUUCUUUUAAAUGUGUCAACAGCCUGAGGGAGGACCAUGGACAGCCUCUGUUUGGAGUCCAGUUUAACUGGCACAGCAAGGAGGGAGACCCGCUGGUGUUUGCUACAGUUGGCAGUAACAGAGUAACUCUGUAUGAAUGUCACUCUCAGGGAGAAAUAAGACUCCUGCAGUCUUACGUCGAUGCAGAUGCAGAUGAGAAUUUCUAUACAUGUGCCUGGACUUAUGACACCAACACAAGCCAUCCUCUGUUGGCUGUCGCCGGGUCCCGCGGCAUCAUCCGGGUGAUCAACCACAUCACGAUGCAGUGUAUCAAGCAUUAUGUAGGUCACGGAAAUGCCAUUAAUGAACUCAAGUUUCAUCCAAGGGAUCCAAAUCUCCUCCUGUCUGUCAGCAAAGAUCAUGCCCUUCGUCUGUGGAACAUACAGACGGACACGUUAGUGGCGAUAUUUGGCGGUGUGGAAGGUCAUCGAGAUGAAGUCCUGAGUGCGGAUUUUGAUCUCCUGGGUGAAAAGAUAAUGUCAUGUGGGAUGGACCACUCUUUAAAACUUUGGCGAAUCAACUCAGAGAGAAUGCAGAAAGCGAUCCGUGGCUCUUAUGAGUACAACCCCUCAAAGACCAACAGGCCUUUCGUCUCACAGAAGAUUCACUUCCCCGACUUCUCAACACGAGACAUCCAUAGAAACUAUGUGGACUGUGUGCGGUGGCUCGGGGAUCUAAUUCUCUCCAAGUCCUGUGAAAACGCCAUUGUCUGCUGGAAACCAGGAAAGAUGGAGGACGAUAUCGAUCACAUUAAACCGAAUGAGUCGAAUGUGACGAUUCUGGGACGCUUUGAUUACAGCCAGUGUGACAUUUGGUACAUGCGCUUCUCCAUGGACUUCUGGCAGAAGAUGCUGGCUCUGGGGAACCAGGUUGGGAAGCUCUAUGUGUGGGACCUCGAAGUGGAAGACCCACACAAAGCAAAGUGCACCACACUGACCCUCCCUAAAUGCACGUCGGCCAUCCGGCAAACCAGCUUCAGCCGUGACAGCAGCAUCUUGAUAGCCGUGUGUGACGACGCUUCCAUCUGGCGCUGGGAUCGGCAGCGCUGAAUUGAAGAUUUUCGGUUGCUUCCCGUUCGCCCGACCUCAUGCCCUUUUGUACACAUCUACACUGCAAGAAGUGUCCCUUUAAACAUUUAAUCUCACAGGUGGUCUAAAAGCGCAGUGUUUCCUUAAAAAAGCAAGAAAUCGUGCUACGGCGAGGUGAAAUGAUUCCUUUUGUUUUCAUUACCCGUGUGUCUGAUGGCAGGAUGUUUAAAGAAGAGCUUGAGAUCUCAUCAAACAUUUUAUAUCCAGCAAAACAUCAAUGGUGAGCUGAGAAAUGUUCCUUUAAAUGCACAUUUUUGAGCCAGAACAGAUUGUCCCAAAUCAUUGAUGAGUAUUUAAAAUUAAGUUGGAUCUGAAUUGUCCAAGAGUGUGAAUAUAUCAGCGUUUUGGUGACAUAUUCAUCUUUAGUAGAGUGCCUUUUGGAUUUCUAUGCAGCCUCAUUUAUUGAUAGUUAAUAAAUAAAUAAAUAAAUAAAUAUCAACAAGUUAAACAAGUGGAAUCAUUUCAAUCUGCUGGCAGAUUUUUUUUUCACUUGUUUUUGGAAAAAUAAGCUUUUAAAACACAACAGAUGAAGUGACCAAAGAUGGAUUUUUUUUGCAGUGUGCCAUAUUAGGUCAACCCUGUUCCUCCCUACAUUCCUGUGCAUUUUCUUCUUUUUUAAAACUCCCUCUUGGUUUGCUUUGAUGCCCUCCUCCUCCAACCUUCAAACAUAAUUUUGCAUAAUUUUACAGUAAUACGGUUCUGAUGUUGGAGGCUUUGAGUACACUCAAUAAAAAGUAUUUUGUAAAUAUGUA